CUAGAUGGUCGCAACAUUCAUGGAAGGAAGGUCUUCAAAAAAAGUCAAAACAAAUCCAAGAAAGAACAACAACAUUCGAUCUACAUUUUCUUGGUUGAUAAUAUCCUGUUCUGCUCUCCUCUCCUCUCCUCUCCAAGGUUGCAACAUGUCGAUAUUGAAAGCUUACGGCGAAGUCUUGUGAUAUUCUUAUUUGUCUCUGGGAUGGGCCUAUUUGGACCAGGGCAUACCAAGUGUUCCCAUGUUUUUCGCAUAAGUUCGUACAUUCAGUCUGCACUAUGAGAAAGAAUAUCAGCUUUUCUUCCACUCAAAUUCUUAAAAGGACUCCAAGUUCUAAUGUGAUGAGUGAUGAGAGCCGAACCUACACGGUGGAUGAUGCACUUACAACUGUUGGCUUUGGGAAAUUCCAAAUUCUUGUCCUUGCGUAUGCAGGGAUGGGUUGGAUUUCAGAAGCCAUGGAGAUGAUGCUUCUUUCUUUUGUGGGACCAGCAGUUCAGGCUGCAUGGAAUCUUUCCUCUCAUGAAGAGAGCAUGAUAACCAGUGUGGUCUUUGCUGGCAUGUUAGUUGGAGCUUAUUCGUGGGGUGUUGUUUCGGAUAAACAUGGAAGGCGGAAAGGAUUCCUUAUUACUGCAACAGUUACUUCCACUGCUGGUUUUCUUAGUGCUUUAGCCCCCAACUAUUAUUUUCUACUUAUUCUUCGCUGUCUUGUUGGCAUUGGUCUGGGAGGUGGGCCUGUACUCUCUUCUUGGUUUCUAGAGUUCAUCCCUGCUCCUAGCAGAGGCACCUGGAUGGUCGUAUUUUCUGCUUUUUGGACUGUCGGAACUAUUUUUGAGGCUUCGGUGGCAUGGUUUGUGAUGCCAACAUUGGGAUGGAGAUGGUUACUUGCAUUCUCAUCUCUUCCUUCAUUAUUGUUGCUUCUUUUCUAUCGGGCAGUCCCUGAAUCUCCAAGAUAUUUAUGCUUAAAAGGAAGGACAACUGAAGCGUUUAUAAUCUUAGAAAAAGUUGCCAAAACUAACGGGCAGCCACUUCCACCUGGCAUUCUUGUUUCUGAUCACGAAAUCGAGUUAAAUGAAAAAUCAACUGAAUCAGAAGAUGCACAUCUACUCCCCCAAAAUAAAUUCACUGAUGAAAGGCCUGAAAUCACUGACCAUAGUAAAAAAGAUGCCUCGACCUUUGCUCUGCUCUUUUCACCUGAAUUAAUCAAGCCGACCCUACUUUUAUGGGUGGUUUUCUUUGGGAAUGCUUUCUCGUAUUACGGCCUGGUUCUUCUUACUACAGAGUUGCAUAAUGGGCGUAAUACUUGUGGGCCAACUGAAUAUCAACCUCAACAUGAGGAAGUUAGCUAUAAAGAUGUUUUCAUCACUAGUUUUGCUGAGUUCCCGGGACUUCUAAUAUCAGCAUUUACAAUCGAUAAGCUUGGUCGUAAGCGCUCAAUGUCAACAAUGUUCUUCCUCUGCUGUAUUUUCUUGCUGCCUUUGGUAUUCCAUCAACCUCAAGCUGUGACCACUGGUCUUCUGUUUAUGGCUCGGAUAUGCAUCACCACUACCUUCACGGUGGUUUACAUCUACGCCCCCGAGAUAUAUCCAACAUCGGUGAGAACAACAGGUGUCGGUGUGGGCAGCUCGGUGGGACGAAUAGGUGGAAUGAUCUGUCCUCUGGUAGCAGUUGGUUUAAUACAUGGAUGUCAUCAGACUUCAGCGAUCCUACUUUUCGAGUUUGUUAUUUUUGUUUCAGGUGUUUGUGUGCUACUUUUUCCAUUUGAAACAAGUGGUCGUGAGCUCACUGAUGCUACUGCUCCAGAAAAGGUGAGUACAGUAGCAGCGUGAAACAUCAACCGAUCUCGUUGUAGAAUGAGUGUCUUUGACCCAUGACAUCAGACACUACAUUUUUUUUCUGUUAGUGGAAAAAUGAAUGGUAGGAAAAGAAAAAACACACCCCGUACGGGGUAUACGUCUCAUUACUAGACAUCAGUUCAUUUAUCUAUUAUUAUCACAAGACAUCAUCUCAUUAUUAUUAAUUUUAUUGUAAUGUAAUAUGUCAAAAUAGUAAAAAGGUUGUAUCCUACGUUAUAAUUUACUAGUAUUAUUAAGAAAAUCCAUUUGCA